AUGUUCAUCGAAAUCAAAGUGAACAUUUUGCUCCUGCUGCAUACUUUUAUUUUGGUUCAUUUAGUUGAAUUAGCGAUUUCGGAUCAACACAGAUCCCAACCUUGUAAAUCCGGUGAGACAUGUAAAAGCCUGGAUCAGUGCCCCCACUUGUAUGCCGCUUAUAACUCCAGUUUAGAUACGAAGAAUACAAUAUCAAAAAGAAGUUGCGGCGAUACUACAAAAACCGGGGCGUCAGAACUUUUUUGCUGCCCGAGGCCACCAAACUUCCUGCCAAUAAAUGGGUGCGGACGCGGAGGAAAUCGAACAGAAGGCAGAAAGGCGGGACUGAAAGAGUUUCCCUGGAUGGCGAUGCUUCUGUAUUGGAAUAGUUUCACUAAGCAACUGCAGCCCGGAUGUGGGGGCUCCCUGAUUAACAACUGGUACGUUCUGACCGCAGCCCACUGUGUCAGAGAUCCUGGAAAUCCUAGUAUCGGCCCCCCGAAGAGAGUGCGUCUGGGCGAACAUAAUACCGCCACCAAUCCCGACGAAGGCUAUGUGAAUGGUAGAUGGUUAAAGGCGCCCCCUUAUGUUGAAAUCCAUGUUGAUCUGAGUAUUGUACAUGGGAAAUUCAACCAUGGAACUGAUUAUAAAAAUGACAUCGCUCUGCUGCGACUCCAAAUUCCAGUACGUUGUAUAUUUGUUGUCUGUUUUAGUUAUUCGGGCGCCAUCUAUCCGAUUUGUCUUCCGGACCAGAGCCAAAAUACAUCUUAUAACCGCAUAUUUGAAGCAGCCGGCUGGGGAAACCACAGUCCAGUAUUCAUCUUCCUUCAGGAAAGGCAUCCAAGUGAUACGAAGUGUAAAGAAUUGAAGGCGUUCGACUAUAGCACGCAAAUCUGUGCAGGUGGCGACGAGGUUGGAAGUGUGAGUGGUGAUUCUGGGGGUCCUCUGAUGGCCAUCAUGCAGUGGAAGAAGAAAAAUGUCACAUAUUUAGCCGGCAUCAUUUCCUAUGUCAAAGUGGCACAGUAA